AUGUUGUUCAGCAUACUAGUCGUUUCUCUGACGGCUAUGCCUUUCCCUUCGAUCCUUGGACUGCAGACGAAGUGUACCCAUACUAUACCAAUGCUAGAGCAACUACAAACAGGAAUAGCACAACCUCAACAACAAAAUCCUUCUCUUCGUGAGCGCCUAGCUCAGAUUUACCCUAUCUCUAAACUGCCUACCUCAAAUCCCUCUGCUGUCAUCCGUCCACCUGAGACACAAUGGCAACACUAAUCCUCCUAGAACCGACAUUUCCCUCUAGAUCCUGAGCUCCCUCCGCCAAUUAAGGUUGCAAGACCAAAUAUUGCAAAACCUCUUCCAAGCCAAGCUGCCGCU